AGAAAAGGACGAAAAUAACGGAAAAAACUAAAAAAAUAAGCAAAGAGAGGUAGGGUCAUGGGUUUCAACCACCAAAGCAGCAUCCUUGUACGCAUAAAGUACAGAACAGACCAUCCAUAUCCAAUCUUCAGUCAUCAAUUUGGAAGCGAAGAGCUCUUAUUCUGGCUCUCUGCUAACAGGAUCACAGCCAUGGCAGAAGAAGCAGCGUCCAAACUCCAACCACAAUCACAGCCUGAGACACAGUCUCUGUCCGAGCCUGUGAACUCCUCACCUGAUUCCUCCGUUAAAGAAAGCGAUUCCGCCAAGGAAGAACCUCCAAACGGCGUCGUACAAGUUCAUCUUUCAACUGUUCAGAAGGUUGCAGAUCCUCCAGCCAAAAAGGAUUCAAAAGAUUUGGUGGAUAGAGAUUCUGUGCUUGCGAGGGUUGAAACAGAGAAACGACUGGCCUUGAUAAAAGCAUGGGAAGAAAGUGAGAAGACAAAGGCGGAUAACAAGGCAUACAAGAAACAUUCAGCUGUUGGGUUGUGGGAGGAUAGCAAGAAAGCAUCUGUGGAAGCGCAGCUCAAGAAAAUCGAGGAAAAGCCGGAGAAAAAGAAAGCGGCGUAUGUGGAGAAAGCGAAGAACAAAAUAGCAGAGAUUCAUCAGUUAGCAGAAGAGAAGAGAGCAAUGGUUGAAGCCCAGAGAAGGGAAGAGAAUCUCAAGGUUGAAGAGACGGCUUCCAAGUUCCGUGCCAGUGGCUAUACCCCGAGAAAAUUCCUUGCUUGCUUCAGUGCCUGACUUGUUUCACCAAACUGCCAAAUCCACUACUUUACUCCGUCGGAUUGCUUUACUCGUUUCAUGUUUUGAAUUUGCUUCAAAGUCUUCUGUCUCUUACCGUGUAAUUUUCAGAAAAAAUUGUUUGAGGUUGUUUCGGUUACUUCAAGUGUUUGUCAUAAAACAUUGUGAAUACCGUGGAAUAAAGUUACAGACUUUUGAUUAAA